CCACUUUGAAGCCCACCGGCUGCUGUUGCUGAUUCAGUCAGUCUCGCUAGUUAGCCUGUUACCACAGCUGUUGCCUGGUGACGCCAAUGGCGCUGCGGUAGUUAGCAUUUAGCAACGUGGGAGCUACUAAUUUAUAGAAAAAUAAAAACUUAACAGUCGUGUCUUGUUGGCUACAGUGGGACGUUCGACGUCCACACAGUUUAAAUGAACAUGUUAACUGGUAAAGCGGGUUGCUUAAAUGACAUGAUGAAAGUUUGGAAUGAAGUUGGACGGACAGUCGCGAGACACGUAAAAGAAGAUGUAACCGCAUUUGGUUUCAUUGUCGUUGUCAGCAAAGGUCUCUUGAUUUUGGCUUUUAGAGAGGACCUUCCAGGGUGCACCUGAGCGAGACCCCCGUCACGUCGACAGCUGUGGAAGGGGGUUGAGGGCAGAUACUGUAUAACCAGGAGGACACCCCAAAUCAGCUUUUUAUCUGCUCCGGUAGACUAUGGUCUCUCUGUGUUCCUGCAAACGUGACCAGAUUGAAGUUGCCACAUCCCCGCCUGUGUAGCGUCGCGAGUCUCGACAUUUCUGUCAUGUCGACUAUGUGUCAGUGCAAGACCACAGUCAACACUACUAACAUUGUCGAUGAGCAUUGAAGACCUGUGAUCCCAGAAGAUUGGUCGCCACUCCACACAGACCGACCAAGGCCAGCUCGUCAGACCUUUCAUUAACCCCAGAUCCCAAAUCCAUCCAACUGGACCGCCGAUGGCAACUCGGUGCCGAAAGCUGGCUGUCACACCCUUCUGCACAGCCAUAAUGUUGCAUUUGGGGGUGGAGGAGAAGGAGGCUGCAGGGGUGAUAUAGGGGCCAUGCAACAGACAGCACUGCAUGAUCCGCUCGCCUGCAGGGCCUUCCACUUACGCCGCCUGCAGCUCCACGUGUACGCCGUGAAAGCCUGAGUGCAGACCUCGAGAGUCAGCUCACACCUGUCCGUCAGAUGGCAUUCUGCCUGGCUGAGCUGCACUUGUGGUCCACCAAGAGCUCCCUCCAAGUCCAAGACACGGAUAUUGGCACGUAUCAGUACCACGAUAAAGCAGAGCCAGCCAAUCACCUGGAGCAUCACUAUUUCAAUGAGAAAAUCUACUUCACUGAAGCUCGAGGCUACUCGUGGACCCCCGCCAAUCGGCGUCCGGAGAAGCUCCGCGAUUCGCUGAAGGAGCUGGAGGAACUGUUACAGACCAACACCUGCGUUCACACCAGAUGGAGGAACACACAAUAUUGCCAGCUUCUACUUAGCAGUGGCAUACUGGUAACCUUGACCCUCAGCGGACCCCAACUCGAGCAAGUGUGCAUCGACCGAGCGUUGGUGGGACGACUGCCAGGCAACACCGUGAGUGAUGCGGUGUUGGGCGACAGGGUGUUUGUGCUGUCCUUCCCGAAGCAGAGCCAAGUAACCGCCAUCUUCCUCGACAAGAAAAUCCAGGACUCCUCCCCCAAGGCUGGCAGGGAUGCGGGCAAGCUCUCGCCCGCCACAAUCAAGGUGAUGAGCGUGGAGGUGGCAGGGUGGGCGUGUCGCCUCCGCCAAGGCGUGGCUCUUAAUUGUACGGAGGACACGGCACUGUUGUGGUGGAGGUCCACGAGUCCCGACCGUGAGCUGUGGUCCUGGUCCUCCAAAAAUAUGCACGGGAACGACCUGGUGCUGCUCAGCUGCUUGCCCUCUGAAGGUCUGAAGCUCCUGAGCUCAAUGCAGACAGAAGGUGACCUUCUGCUUUGCACCUUCAGCCAUCUUCAGCCGUACCAGCUGCUGACCGUGGAAGCGCCCGCAGGACCCCAAGCGUCUCGGGAGUCGUCGUGGGCUAAAGCCUGCGUGUACGACUACGCAAAAGGACGCUUGCACCGCCUGUCCGCCGCCCGCAUCCCGUUGCCCUCCCCCGCCGUCUCCUGUUCCCACCACCCCAGCGAAAACGCGCUCCUCCUCGGCCUCAGCGACUCUUCUCUGGUGCUGUACGACCAGCGUCGGGGGGCUUUCCUGCGGGCCUCCAGCCCCGCGCCGCCGACCCUCUUGGCCUGGCAUCCGGCCGGAGCCCUGGCGGUGGCGGCGGCACCCGAACACGGCGAGUUAAUGUUCUUUGACCUGGGCCUGGCGCCCGUCAAGGUGGCCUUGAUGGCCGAGGAGGUGAAGCCCGCCGCCACGCUGAGCCUAGCCCGACACCUGCGCUGUCCCGGAGCUCUGCGGGGACUGCUGUGGGCCGCCGGUCCUGAAGGAGGCACCGAUGAGGCGAAUACCAUGAUGCUGGUGUUCCACGGGGGACCGCUAGCAGCUUUGAGAUUACAACUGGGGGUCCGGCUGGGCCCAGUGCAGGUCCUGCAGCAGCGUCUGCGCGCCGGUCAGGUGCAGGAGGCCGUGGGCGUCCUGGAGGCCAUGGACUGGAGCAGCGCGGCCCACCAUUGCUGGCGAGGCCUGAGCGCCAUCGCCAACCACCUGCUGAGGCUGCCUCUGGACGCUCGCACUGAGGAGCAACUAGAAGCCGCGUUGGCGACGUUUUAUGCCCCGCCCACGCCUCUUCCCGAAGACAUCACGGCAGACUACAAGGAGUCAGUCCACAAAUACGCCAGACGCUUCUUCCAUCACCUUCUCAGAUAUGAACGCUUUGAAAAGGCCUUCCUGCUUGCCGUCGAUUUGCAAGCCAAAGAUCUUUUCAUGGACCUCCAUUACGUGGCAGGCGAUAAGGGCGAGCUGGUGCUGGCGGAGGUGGCCAAGAGGAAGGCCCACCAAGUGGCGGAAGCGUGCGACGGCCAGGAAAUAAUCGCUGUGAUUAACCGGAAAGACGUUGAAGAUGCUGCGAGAGAGAAUAACGGCGUGAAUGUGUACAAGGUCAAAGUUCAACCAGACCAUCGCACUCAAACGCUCCCAAAACAACAUUACUCUUUAAAGGAAGCAUGUUGGCAACACGCUGCCCCCGAGUCUUCGCCUGCUGACUGAGGCCAAGAAAAGCUCAUCCCAAAGAGAGAGACACUCAAAAAGCCAAUGCCUUAAUAAAAAUAAAAAAAGUUGUAUAUCAAGCGCCUCCUGUUGUAGCAUUCCGCCAUUGUAAUCAUUUCUCAGAUUCACUUUCUUUGUUUCUCAUGCAAAGCAAGCGACAGCUUAGCUGUUGGAGCGUUUGGCACAAUGGCAAUCGGGAGGGGGCUCUUUGCUUACCCCCCCCCCCGAAUCCUAAAAUCCACAUCCGUGCCGAAUGAGACUGAGCAGCGAAUCUGGGAUGCAGCCCAACGUUUCUUUGAAGCCCGCCGGCCUCUGUCGCUCUCAGCCACAUUUGCGCUUCAGCUUGUUUUUGUUUCUGCUGUCACCUUAACGUCAAUUUCUCAUUUUAAUCAGCAAUUAGAAACCAUAGUUCGGAUAUUUAACCAUCACAGACAAUAAUUUGGUCCUUCAACCAUAGUCCAGCUGCCAAAGUCCAAAGACCACAAUCGUGACCCAAUAGACCCUAGUCCAUAGACCAUAAACCAUAGUCCGCAAAAGGGAUGUAUUGUUUUGACAACAUGUGACUUUAUGAACUUGGAUUGUUUGUUUUUGUUCAGCGCUGACAGAAAAACCAGUCAAGGGACAAACUCCGUCGCCAGGAUACCGAUACCGGCGUGCUUAUGCAUGCGUGUGUGUCUGCCUGUCACACACCACUAUCUGUGUGUUGUGUCUCACACACAUACAUGCCUUAUCUCAGGCUGCAGCUUAACCUUUACAGGUGAAAGAGUCGCAGGAAUAUAAAUAAGAAUAAACAGGAACGGCGGGCUAACCUGACGAGCCGUGGCCUCACUUUGCAGAAAGUUGUUGUCAGGUCACUUCAGAUGUGCCUCGCGUGUGUUUAUUGUCCUUUAAAACACUUGACCACAACUUAGUUAAUGAGCAUAUCGGACAUUUGCAUUUCAAACUAAAAAACUAAACAAAUUAAAAGUAAAAUGGAGUGCUUUGGAGACACAAAGUGGGUUUUACCGCACUACAAGCUUUUCUUUUUUUUGUCUAUCAAAUGAUUCCAAUUUUCAGACUGAUGGGAAAUUGUCACGCUUCUGUUUGAUAAUCCAGACUGAAGGCUAAUGGAGGCGAUUUUGCGUCGCAUUGUUUUAAACGUCUGCGGAAGGGUUUUAAUGUCAAUCACAAGCUUAUUAAUGCAAAACGCUCACGGGCGCACAGAUCACCAUGAAUGACAACAAGUUAAACACCAGCAAGGGCGGAAUCUUCAAUGAGUACACCGGCAGGUCUGCUCACACAUCUCUCGUGUGUGUGCGCGUUUUCAUGAUUCUCUU